AUGGGAGGGUGGAGCGACGUUUUGCAAAUGGACGUGACCGACACGGGCGGCGGCAGGCCACUGUUCGCGAGCUUCCAGCACGAGGACUGGGCCGUGCUGUCGCUGCGGUUUGAGCUGCUCCUCCUCGUAACCUCGUUCCAGAGGGACGUGAAGGAUGCCGACCACCCGGGCCUUCACGAGAGUCUGUUGUCGUUUUACUACGCGAAGUAUUUCGGCAAGCCGCUCAACGCGUCCCUGUUCGGCGUGGGCUCCGUCCCCGACCUCCUCGAGCUGACCAAGGACACCGUGGCGGCCGACGGGGAGCCGAGGGGCGCGCUGGUGCCGCAGCUGCCGGAGGCCGAGCUGCGGAGCCCGGGCGGGCUCGUGAAGCGGCUCGCGGAGGCGAGCCGGCGCGGGCGGCUGGAGCGGCUGAAGCAGGGCCCGGAGAGCGGCAAGCCGAGCUUCUCCGGCCUGCUGCCGGCCAUGCAGCCGCAGCAGUUGCAGCAGCUGCUGCAGCACCCGCUGCUUGACGAGGACCGCGCCGGCGCGCCGCAGGGGCCGCGGGUCAUCCCCGCGAGCACGGGCGGCCAGGCGCGGGCGUGGCAGGCGGGCGGCUCCUGGAGCGGCGGCAAGGGCUCGUGGGGGCAGCAGGGCAAGGGCGGCCGGGGCGAGCCGAAGGGCGGCUGGGGCGGCCAGGCCAAGGGGGGCUGGCAGCAGGGCGGCUGGGGCCCGCAGCGGUCCUGGGGCGACGACGCCGCGCAGCACGAGGACGGCGGCUCCUGGGGCCAGGCCGGCGGCUGGGAGGCCGCGGCGCCCAGGGUCCUGCCGCCGACCACAGGCCAGUGGUCGGGGAGCCAGACGUCCUGGGCGUGA